AAAAAAAAAGGAUUCUGUUCCUUCUGUUUUAAUUGCUUAUUAUAUAAGGAAGACCCCGGCCUGCUGGUUUCGUUUAGCUCCAAAGAAUCUCUUGUAUCCGUAACCAUGGUAGCUGUGGUAUCAUCUCAAGAAAACAUGGUUUCUCGCACAGGAAGGCACCUGCAGCGCUACAACAAAGGUCGUCGCCAAGUCGUAGGAUGUAUUCCAUAUAGAUACAAAAUGGCCAAGCAGAGUCUCUCAAAGGAUGAUGGUGCAAAAGAACUACAAGUUCUUGUGAUUACUUCACAAAAGGGCAAAGGGAUGCUCUUCCCUAAGGGAGGGUGGGAAUUAGAUGAAUCCAAGGAAGGGGCAGCCUCUCGAGAGACGCUGGAGGAAGCCGGGGUGCGAGGAACCAUUGAGUGUGAAUUGGGUAAGUGGAGCUUCAAGAGCAAAUCCCAUGAUGCUCACUAUGAAGGUUACAUGUUCCCAUUACAUGUUCAGGAGCAGUUAGAUUUCUGGCCAGAGAAGAAUCUGCGCCAAAGAAUAUGGAUGAGUGCACAGGAAGCAAGAGAAGUUUGUCAACACUGGUGGAUGAAAGAAGCCUUGGAUAGAUUAGUAAAUCGGCUCACAUCUCAACAACAACAACAGCAACAUGAAGACCAAGAAUUAGGCCCUGUUCUUAAAUCAAUGAGGGCCAGUCUGUGAGAUAUAGCUGUACAGGAAAGAAGUGUUGAUGAUGAACACGAGUAUUUUGCUUUUGCUUCUUAGGGUACUUAGAAAAGAUUUAGGCAGAGCAAGAGAAAAGAGCUUGUUCUUGUAUUGGUGGAACUCUAAUUCCUCAAACAAAUCAUGUUUUGAGGAGAAACUUGAUUUGAGGUCCUUGUGGAUUUAGAAACAUGUUCACUAAAUCUGGACAUGAAUUUUGCUUCUAAUGAUAAGAUAUUGGCACUCCCAAUAAUGCCACAACUC